ACUACAGUUUCUUUUACAGAGCCAUAUAUAUCUGUGUUGGUGCAUAGAUCAGGGAGAGAUGUAAAAAAGGAAGGAAAGAAUACAGACAGGUAGACAGACAGACAGCUUAGAUGGAUGGAUGGAUGGAUGGAUGGAUGGAUGGAUGGAUGGAUGGAUAGAUAGAUAGAACAGCAUUUUCUACACUGCAUUUGUAAAUAUUUUUUAUAACUGGUUAGUCAUCCAUAUGAAGCCAUCUGCCAUGCAGGAUACUUCCAAUGCCCACAUUCAGUCAUUUUCGAAACAAGAGAGAGAGAGAGAGAGAGAGGCGGAGAGAAGGAGCAAGAACAAGCAAGAAGGCAAGAGAGAGAGAAGAAAAGGAGAGAUCGAUAGUUUCAGACAGAGCAACAAAAGGAGAAUUAUCCCAUACUACUCUGAGAGAUGGCCUGCUACCCAACCGUUGUGUUUCUGUACUGUUUCUGUGGGUUUGUUGCUGUUUGGGCACAGCCAAAGGCAACAGUGGAGUCACUCAUAGAACUGCCAGCAGCAACAGUGGAAUCGGUCAUAGAACUGCCAGAAGACUGUAGAGAGGAAACGUACCCGUGUACUAGGAUGUACUCUGUCCAUCAGCCCAGGAAGACAUGCCUCAAAUCCAUGUGCAUUUACAGUCUUCGCCGAAUCUACGUGAUCAACAAAGAGCUCUGCGUGAAGACUGUGUGUCCACAGGAGGAGCUACUGAAAGCGGAACUAUGCAGAGAGAAAUCUGGCUGGCCCAAACGACUUCAGCGGUCAACCAAAAAAAACACUGGCUUCCCGGUAAAACCGGAACAUGGGCGACCAAUGACAAAUGCAGAGACAGAACGAGAAAGAUAGAAUAAAGAAGUACAUUAUAGAAGGACAGGCGACUCAUUUAAACAAACACAACUACAAAUUUGCAUAAUGUUUUUAUUUUGAACUUUGUGGUCAGAUUUGUGGUUCAGUGUGCUUUUUAACUCUAGCUUGCAUUCUCUUUUCUUUAUUACUGCAAGAUAAUUUCUCACCGCAAGUUGAGUGUCACACAGCAGGGUCCAAAAGUCUGACACCACAUUGAAAAUCCCUGAUUUUUUCAUUUAAAAUUGGAAAUAAACAGAAGGUUUAAAAUUUUUGAAACAUUUAAAACAGCAGUAUAUCCUGAAUAUUGACUAUUCAAGAUUCUGCACUAUUCCUAGGUCCCUAUGUAAAUCUAAGCAAAUCAGUGAUAUUGAGCAUGUUAACUGCUUUGUACGAAAGGUGAGAUUUUCCUGAUGUCUAAUCUCUUCUAUUGAAGCACAUGUUCAGACUACAGUCCAAUGGAUUUGAUUUCAAAUGCAGCAUAAGGUUUUGCACAAACCUGUGGAGUCUGUGUCAGCUCGAGUGCACAGUCAUUAAAGCAAAAAGGGGACAUACCAAGUUGUUGUCAAUGAUAUAACGUGUAAUGAAAAUUGUUGUAUCAAAUUAGAAAAGAAAGCAAAAUAGAAGCAUUGUCACUAGUGCUCUCAGACUUCUGGACCCUACUGUGUAUAUGGACUGAUAUUUUGCUGAAUAUAUCCACAUUAUUCACGUUAUCAAUAUCUGUAUUUUCAUGAGUUCAUCUUUUAUCAUUCAGUGUUUCAGUGUAAGUAAAAAGUAUGAUGCUCAUAUAGCAAAUAAAAUAUUUCCUUUCAUGACAAUAA